GUUGCUUCAAAAUUUUCGUGCACUCUUCAACUCAAAUAAAUUCCAACGUUUUUCUUUUCUUUUUUUUUUUUUUUGGUUUUGGAUCAAGAAUUGAUCUGAAUUGAUCGUGUGAAUCGUCGUUUAUAUCGAAAAAAAAAAAAGAAAAUAUAACGAAAUAUGUCUUAUAUCGGCAACGCAUCGGAUUUGGAAUGUGAAAAGAAUGAGUUCCCCAGGCAAACGCGUCCUACGGGCAUCGUUACCAAAAUGGCCGCCCACAAGUUAUCAUCGGAGCCCAAGUGGACCGAUAAACGGGAGGAUGAUUCCGACUCGGAAAUCUCCUCGCCCGAUAAUUUCCUAACCAAAGGCGCAUUUCUACUGACACCCUCCUAUGAACUAUCCAUGGAACGAGCUGCUCUAAUUUGUGAAAAAAUGAGUUUCAAGGGAUGUUUCAGCUUGACGAAAACGGCUACAGGAAUUUUAUUUAAAUUCUCACAUCCAGAUGACUAUCAAGCGGUAUUCAAGAAGGGAUUCCACAAAGUGACCGGUGCACGUUUCUAUCGCAAACAAACAUUCUCGCGAAGUAUUGCCAUACCAUGUCGUCCAAGAAAAACAUUUACCCUCUAUGUGUUGGAUGUGCCAGAGGAUUUACCCGUCGAGGAUAUACGACAUGCGAUGUACAAGUUCGAUUCGGUUGUCGAGGUCGUCCGACUGCACAUCUAUUCGAGUCCCGGACACUCGAGUAGCAGCAACAUCCCAACUGGCAACAUCGACAAGGGCCUUGAAGGUGAGCAGCUGAUGUCCUCCAGCCAGACGCAGAUGCAGACACUGCGCCGAGCGGCCAUACGAAGCAGCAGCAGCGCCAAGAACGUUGUUGGUGGCAUUGUGGCGGAUGCCAUUGAGAAAUCGGAGCGUCCGGAACGCCGGGAGCUGCCACCGGCCGUAAUACGCAUUACACUGGCCUCGAUGGAUGAGUACAAUAUACUGCUCCAGAAUGGCCUCAACUUUUAUGAUGCCACAUUCUUUCCCACUGAGGCGAACAUCUCCCUAAAAGGCGCCAAAAUUGACUAUAAACGUCGCAUGCUAGAUGGCUCGAUACCCGGGCGUGUGCGCGAACUUUUGCCCGUAUUUGAUGCAGCUGGCUUCUGCAAGUUGCCCCCACCCACAAGCAAGCUAAUUAAACCGCCGAGGUCAUAAGACGACAAUGAUAAUGAUGAUGAUGAUCAUAAUGACGAUGAUGAUGACGAUGACAAUUUCCCCCCACAUGUUCCGGCUAAACAGUUUGCAACGCAGCAACAAUUCUCUUGAUUUGAUUUGAUUUGAUUUCGUACAACGGAUGGGAAUGGAACCCAAUGGAUUUCCGCUGCCAACUACAUUAAAUUAAUAAUAUAAUAAUUCCUCUUUUGGCUUACACAUUUUUUUUUUUUCCAUCUCUUGUGAACUCUUUUUUUUUUUUUUUUUCUCUUGCCUAGUUUUUUUUUAUCAUUAAAAGCCCAUAAAUGGCUUAGCGUCUAAUUUGUUUCGAUUGUCUAACAAUAAAUAAAAAAAAAAAAGAAACAACAACAACAACAAUAAAUAAGAAAAACACUUUUCAAUGGCAAACGGAAAUGAACUAUGAAACUAAUUCAAUUAAUUCAUUUUAAGCCAUUUGUCUCUGCUCUUAACUCGUUUUGCUAACCCAUAUAAAACCUGUAAAAUGAAUUUAUGUAAUCCCCUCAUAUCAUUUAUAUAUGAUAUACAUACAUGUCUACAACAAGAAAUAUAUAUCGA